GGUGGGUGCUGGAAGCUGCUCCAAUGGCCUCCGAAGGGCAAAGUGAGGAUGCAGAACAUCCAGCUGAGCCUCCUGCAGCUCCCGUGCAGAGUGACAGGCCAUUCCAGUGGGGAUCCAUCCUGGCUGCAGUCAAAGACCAGCUCCCAUCUCUGGACUCCGAGUCCUCCACAUCUGAUUGUGCGAGUGAUGAGGAAGUUUUCAUCUUCCAGCGGGAGCUGUCCAACUUAAUUCCCGACCUUUCGGAAGAACUGAUGAUGUUUUCCCUGGAAGACUCCAACGUGCAGGUUCAAAUCCAGGAAACAGAAAGACAACCAUGGGAAAUCUGGAACGGAGACCUGGAAAGUUUUGGCUUUCAGGAGGAAACAGAUGGUACCCAAAUCAUUGCAAAAGAAGAUGUACAAGUGAUUAAAGAUGAGACUCCCAACCUUGCCAGCCAGACUGAAGAAAUGCCAAACCAAAAGGGGGCUGUUCUUGAAGAGUCUCUUGCAGAUUCCAGAGAUCACCUUGAAGAGGAAGAACUGGGCAGGAGACAGGCCAGGGAAACAGGGAACUCUUGGCUUAACACAGCGUUGUCUGUGGAUGAGCUGUGCAGUGAAAAAGAGAGAAAAGAGCUGACAGAGACAGAGAUGCUCUCCCAAGUCAUUCUGGAGCCAUCCCCAGGCCACCCAGAGCAGGAUGUCAAACCUCUUUCCUGUGACAUCAACAACAGUCUAGAAAGAAUUGCAAAGGGAGAAACCUCCUCAGAUGAGCAUCUUGGAGAGCUGACCCGUUUGUCAUUGCAGAACAUUGAGAAAUGGGAUCUGGACAAGAAUCCUGAGGAGCUGGAGCAGCAGAGAGAUAACACUCCUCCAGAAGUUGCUUUCUUCUCAGCUGUUUAUGAGACCUUCAGGAGGAAGCCUGAGCUCCUGGAAAUGCUGGAAGAGCUGAGUGCCAGGCAGUCCAGGCCAGUGUCUCCUCCCUGCAGGUGGCUGUCAGCCAAGCCCUCCUCCUUUCAGGAACAGCAGGACAAUAAGGAUGUUGCCUUGCCAUCAUCCUCCCUAAGUUCUCUGAGAAGGAACAGAAGGUUACAGAGCCUGCCAGAGCCUGCAACUGUGUACUUAGACUUAAGAGAGGAUGCCCCACAGAACUCAGUGACGUUCCCUGAAGAGGAACAAAGUUCAAGUGACAGCUCCACUGAAGAAGAAGAAGAAGAAGAGACUGUGACAAUUAAGGAUGAAGCAGAAAGGAGAAUGAGGAAUUGCUCAGGGAAAAGCUUCUUACUGCAACAACUCCGAGCAGCCCGUAAGGAGACCUCAGAGCUUCUUCAUAAAACACCUGCUGCAACUGGAAAACUGGAUCCAGAAAGUCUGGAAGACAGAGGUUCCUCCAAUAUCAGUCAAACCCAAUAUUGCAAAGUGAGGCAAGAGACAAAUAAGGUGGUCCCUGGGAAACUAAUGAGGUUGGAACCAGAGAAGGAAAGUCCCCCUUUGUCCAGCUGUGGGGACAACAAAGCUGACAUAGAAAAAGGAAACAAAAUGGAAGCUGAGAAGGUUCAGAGUUCAGGGAAUGCUCCGGAGUGUCCUCGAACUACAAGAGAAUUGCCAAGAAUCUGUAUAUUUUUCAGGACUCAAGAAAGUGAAAGAGAGCUAUCCCAGAAGGAAGAGCAGCUGAAAGAGAGACAGAGGAGACUCGGAUUCCAGGAGCAGCUGGAGGGAUUGCAGCCUCAGCAGUCAGUGUGUGGGACCCAGCCCAUGGCAGAGAACACCCCUGUUCUGUUCCACAUGGAAGCCUCCUAUUUGCCAGCUGUUGACGCACUGCCUGGCCCGCAGAGUGUGAAGGAUGAGGUGCUGCUGAUGACCAUUUGGCUGACAAGCUGUGGCCAAGUGGCCACAGAUCAGUGUGAUGGGCAGGUGCCUGACAAGGUGCUGGGAGCAGCCAACAUCUACCAGGCCCUCGUGACGUGGCUUCUCUCUCUGGUGCCUCCUUUGAAGAGCAGCAAUGGCCCCAAGGCUCCGUUUGAGGUGGUGGGGCUGCAGCAGGCCUGGAGGGAGGAAGGACUGGCCCUCUACGCUGCUCUGGCCCCAGCAGAUGAAUCUUCAGCCCAGAGCUGCCCCAAGAGCCACGAGACACAGAACACAGAAGAUCUACGAGGACCAUCUGUGUUUUACCAGAAGAUUUCUGCAUUUCUUGCCUCUACGUGGCUUCCAGAUGUUAUUUGGUGGAGGGCAGAAUUGGCCAGUUGCUUCCAAAACCAGCUGUGUCCACUUCUUGAAAUUCCCUCUGUCUUGCUCAGUAACGUUGCUGCUGUUAAUCCUGACCCUCAGGCAGUGGAGAAGGUGUUUGCGGUGCCAAAUGGAUUUUACUGGCAGACAGUGGAAAGUGGUGACGAAUACUUCCCUGCCAGCAGUGCCAUGGAGGCCUGCAGAGAUGCAGACACUGAGGUUGCCGUGGUGUUGCUGUUCGAGAGGCUCCUCCGACACCCCCUGGCAGCCCAUCACCUGCUGCAGAUGGUGCUCAGCUCCUGCCUGGAUGUCUGUGGCCUCCGCCUGCUCUACCCCCCGCAGCACCUGCUGCUCUCGAGCUCAGAAAAGCCGCCUUCUUCCUAUACUUCAGAGCCUGGCAAGGUACCCCCAGUGCUGGCACUGUGUGUGAGAGGGCCUAAAGCACGUGGCACCUUGCAGGACAUCGUGGGGCCAUCUGACCCGCGGCUGGCCAGAGCGACAGACUGCGGUUCCAUCAACGCCAUCUACGGCGAGAGCCAAGAGGAGCCUCUCCUGUACUUGCCCUGCCUGGACAGCUGUGUGCACAGGGAGCUGUGCCUCUGGUUUGGAGGGAGGGCUGCUGGGAUCCUGCACCUGCCUUCCAGCUGUCAGGGUCUUUCGUCAACUGGGACAGAAGCAGAUGAAGAAAAGAUUGAUCUCCAGAGCACGAUGCUGCCUCAACAUCCAGCCAUGCUUGUCUCAACUACCAAAGGGGAUGUCAUUUUGAUGGUGUCGCCUGUGAUACCUCCUUGUGCCUAUGGAAAUGUGAUUUCUGUCUGCGCUCGCCGGGGGUUUGUUCUGCAGGGGCUCAAACAGCUGCAGCUCCCACCCGAGCACGGCCUCGUGCUGAGCAUGACAACAAGGCAGAUUGCUGUCUUUUGCCCUGGAAAGAGUUCAAGCUCCCCUGAUAGUCCUGCGAGGGGAGAACUCCCAGCUGGACCACGGAGGCACUGCCUCGUUCUGCUGCUGAGGAAGGAGAAUGCAAGUCAUCACAUUCCUGCCCUGGUGAAAGGGCUGAUGGAUGAGCUGGCAAAGCCAGGCCUUGGCAGUGGGCAGAGCAGCCCCCCUGCCAGGGCUGGCCUGGAUGCCUCUGUCUGCUUCCACGUGAUUCCAUAUGGAGAGACCUCGCUGCAGACCCUGGGAGGAAACCUCAGCUCAGUUCCAGAGCCCCACAACAUUCCUCUGGAUUUUUUCUGCCACCGAACAUUCGCUGCUGAUCCUGGGAUGGAGCAGGUCGUGGUGCUGACAGUGGUUGGAAUGGAGACCAUGAAAAGCGCUGGAGAGCUCCUUCACCAGAUCCUGUGUCCUGGGCUGACCAAUCCAUCUCGGAGUGCAGAAGAGCCUGAUUCAGGAUUGGAGCUGCUGGGCCUGAAGUGGUUGCCCCACCUGACUCGACGUCAGGCCAGAGAAAUAACCCCUUUUGAGGCUGGAGAUACUCACUGGCAAAGGAGCCUGGACACGCUGAUGUCCAACCCCGUCCUCGUGUGCGUGUUCCGGGGCAUCGACGCCUACGACGCUCUGGCAGGUGUAGUGGAGGGAUUUACACAGUGCAGGGAGAAGCUCACCACGGGUGGAAGUCUCCCAGGGGCAGUAAUGGCCUUGACUCCAGAGGUGACAUUCAGACAAGCUGUCCUCUUCUUCACAGAGGCUGAUUUUGUAGCUGAUGAAGAGCACCGCCCUGCUAUGAAAUACCUGCCACCACCUGGCAGCAGGUCCAGGGCUGAAGUGGGUGAGGGCUGGAGGUGCCGUGCAGAAUCCCUCUUUACCUACUUGCACACAGGAGCCCAAGUUCUCUGCACGGUGCUGCUCAUCAAACCCGGGGUCUGGAGCCACAAUCUUGCCAGGAUCCUCAGAAAUCUAGACCUGGAAAAAUUCACCCUGGUCGGAAUGAAACACAUAGACCUGGAUCCAGCCAUUGCUCUGGGGCUCCUUCCUUCUGAGGUGACACAGGAUCCUGCUGCUUCAGGAGCUCACUGUACCUACCUCACCUCAGGCACUGCCCUCGUGCUGUGUCUGCAGAGGCCAAAUGCUGUGAAGAAGCUGCUGGAUCUCCUGGGGCCAGAGGAUCCUAAAGUAGCCCAAGCACUCGAUCCCUGCCUCUGGAGGGCUCAGUACGGCACCAGCACAGUCCACAACGGAUUUUAUGGCUCCAAAUCCUAUCAGAUGGCUGUCCGGGAUAUGAAGCUGUUUUUCCCAGAAGGGCUCUGCUGUGCCAAGUGUCAGGCACUGGAGGAAGAAGAGAUUUAUAACCUGAAACGUGACCCCAUUUUCAGCCUGGAAAUCAGCAAGGAGCACAAGACCCUAAACAGUGAGCCAGGAAGAAAACCCAAUGUUCUGGGCUCUGAGCAGCUAUGCAGUCCUGGUCAGCCAGUGCUGGAUACCCUCUGCCAAACCACUUGCCUGGUGUUGCCCGGGAUAAUCCUGCGGGGUUCAGAGCCCCCCCCGUACGUGGAGCUGCUGGCUGAGCUCCUUGGCAGAGGGUUCUGGCUGAGCGGAGCUCGGCUCACCGUGCUGGACAUGCCCCAGGCUCUCUGCGUCUCCGGGACACUCAGCAGGGCCAAGGGCAGUGUGGCAGCAAAGUGUUCCCUCCUGAAGGAUGGUUUGUGCCUGGUGCUGGCAGCACAGCAGGACGAUGCUGUCACCUGCCUCUGCUCCCUGCUGGACAGUGCCUGCUGGCAGAAGCAGUCCAUCCUGAACGCUGCAGAGCAUCUCCUUUAUCCCCAGACUGAGAAUCAGGCCCAGGAGCUGCUCUGUGGCCUUUUUGACUCACUGGCAUCAGAGAGCACCCACCGGCUCGGAUCCCAGCAUUGUUAGCCAUGGUAGUCAAGGCCUGCAGGCAGCCUUGGAUGCCACUGUGGAGAUGGACACAGGGGGGCUCCCAGCUCUAAGAACACUAAUAUUUGUUUGGGAUUAAAAUGCAGAGUCUGAGGUGUG